AUGCAACGUUUCGGCGUUGUCGACGGUCAUCUGAGCAAGGGAACGUCUGUCUUCGAGCUUCCGUGCUGGACGGGCACCGAGCUGGCCGCAAACAGCGGUAGCGGCAGCAACAGCGGUGGCGCGCCUCGCCAGCGUGCGGCGCCACAGCGGCGCGGCAGCGGGCUUGGCAGGAUGGCGGGCGACACGUUGGUUCCCUGGAGCAUGGUUGAGGGUGCUCUCGCCAUGGCGCGUGACGCGCUCGCGGCAAAACAGCGAAUAGCCGAGGUGCUGCGCGGCGAGGCGGAGCGCCUGCGGGAGCGCGGUUCAGACAACGAACAGUGGAGCAGGCGUGCGACCCGCGCGGAGACCGACUCUGGCCUCCUGAUCGACCAGCUUGAGACGCUGCUGCAGGCGCGCCGCGACAUGGCGCACGACCGCGCGGAGCUGGGGCGCGGCCUCAGCCAGCUGCGCGCGGAGCGGGAGCUCCUGUGCCAGCAGCUGGGCCUGGACCCGGGCAGCGGCGGCCUGCACAGGGCCGUGGAGGCGGCGCUCGUCGGUGCGCGGCGCGCGGGCGUGCUCGAGGCGCAGCUGCGCGUGCUCGUGCGGCAGCGGCGGCAGCUGCGUCUGGAGGCGGACGCCGCACGGGAGGCGCACGCGUGCGAGCGGGUGGCAUGGCAGGUGCGUGUCUCUGUGUGA